ACCCCCACUCUCUUCCUGUCGUGCAACCUGCGAGCAGAGUCCCAAAUGCCGAAGAACAGCAAAGUCACGCAGCGGGAGCACAGCAAUGAGCACGUCACGGAGUCGGUGGCUGACCUCCUGGCCUGCGAGGAGCCCGUGGACUACAAGCGCAGCGCCUUGAAUGUGACCGGGACCCCCGGGGGCAAGGCCAAGCUGGGGGCCGAGAUCACCGAGGACGCGGAGGACCGACCGGCCUGGAACAACAAGCUCCAGUACAUUCUGGCUCAGAUUGGAUACUCGGUGGGGCUCGGCAAUGUCUGGAGGUUCCCCUACCUGUGUCAGAAGAAUGGCGGAGGCGCCUACCUGGUCCCGUACUUCAUCCUGCUCCUCAUCAUUGGGAUCCCCCUCUUCUUCCUGGAGCUGGCGGUGGGUCAGAAGAUCAGGCGGGGGAGCAUCGGGGUGUGGAAUUACAUCUGCCCCAGACUGGGGGGCAUUGGCUUUGCAAGCUGCCUCGUGUGUUUCUUCGUUGGACUUUACUAUAACGUUAUCAUUGGAUGGAGCAUCUUCUACUUUUUCCAGUCCUUCCAGUCGCCUCUACCGUGGAGUGUAUGCCCUACAAUCACUAACGGCACAGUCACAAUUGUGGAGCCCGAGUGCGAAAAGAGUUCAGCGACAACCUACUUCUGGUACCGCAACACACUCAACAUCUCCAACUCCAUCAACGAAAGCGGGGGCCUCAACUGGAAGAUGACCUUGUGCUUGAUGACGGCCUGGUUUAUUGUGGGGCUUUGUACCGUCAAAGGCAUCCAAUCAUCGGGAAAGGUCAUGUACUUCAGUUCCCUGUUCCCCUAUGUGGUGCUGAUUUGUUUCCUGAUCCGCAGUCUCCUCCUCAGAGGCUCCAUCGACGGAAUCCUUCACAUGUUCACCCCUAAGCUGGAGAAGAUGUUGGAGUCACAGGUGUGGAGAGAGGCCGCCACGCAGGUCUUUUUCGCUCUGGGCCUGGGCUUCGGUGGAGUCAUCGCUUUCUCCAGUUACAACAAACAAGACAACAACUGCCACUUUGACGCUGCCCUCGUCUCCUUCAUCAAUUUCUUCACCUCGGUCCUCGCUACACUCGUCGUCUUCGCCGUCCUGGGCUUCAAGGCCAACGUGAUGAACGAAAAGUGUGUCGUAACGAAUGCCGAAAAGAUUAUCGGCUUCUUGAAUACUGACGUGCUGAGCCAUGACCUGAUCCCCCCACACAUCAACUUCUCCCACCUGACGGCAGUCGACUAUGCCGAAAUGUACGGUGUGAUAAAGACCGUCAAGGAAGAUCAUUUCCAAGAGCUUGGACUCGAGACUUGCCAACUCGAGGAUGAGCUGAACAAGUCAGUACAAGGGACGGGGCUGGCAUUUAUCGCCUUCACAGAAGCAAUGACCCACUUCCCAGGGUCUCCGUUCUGGUCGGUCCUGUUUUUCCUGAUGCUCAUUAACCUGGGAUUGGGCAGCAUGAUGGGAACCAUGGAGGGCAUCAUGUCCCCCCUCAUCGACACCUUUAAACUCCGCAAGGAGUUCUUCACAGUCGGAUGCUGUGUCUUCGCUUUCACCUUGGGACUCCUCUUUGUCCAGCGCUCUGGCAACUAUUUUGUCACCAUGUUUGACGACUAUUCAGCUACUCUGCCCCUCACCAUUGUGGUCAUCCUGGAAAACCUCUCGGUGGCCUGGGUCUACGGCACAAAGAGGUUUAUGCAGGACUUGACGGAGAUGCUGGGAUUCGCUCCAAACCAAUAUUACUAUUACAUGUGGAAGUACAUCUCCCCUCUGGCCAUGGGGGUCCUGAUGGUGGCCAGUAUCAUUCAGAUGGCCAUCAGCCCUCCUGGAUACAAUGCCUGGAAUAAGGAGACGGCCACAGAAAACUUCCAGAGUUUUCCACCCUGGGCACUGGGGAUGACCAUCUUCCUCAUCGUGUUGGGGAUCCUGCCCAUACCCAUCGUCUUCAUCAUCCGUCACUUCCACCUGGUGUCUGACGGCUCCAACACGCUGUCCGUGUCUUACAAGCGAGGCCGGAUGAUGAAAGACAUCUCCAACCUGGAGGAUCACGACGAGACGCGCUUCAUCCUCAGCAAAGCCCCCAGUGAGACCCCCUCCCCCAUGCCGGCCCACCGCAGCUAUAACGGGCCCAACAGCACCUCGCCCAUGGAAAUGACGGCCACCAACGGACGCUAUGGCGUCGGCUACCUCUCAGCCAGCACCCCCGAGUCAGAACUGUGAAGGGGGUGGGGGAGCGCGAGGAGAGGGGAGGGGAGAAGAGGAGAGGCAGGAGGCAGAGCAGCACAGAGUGCACUUGCGAUGUGAUGGUCACUGACACAGUAGAGGAGAUGCAACGAUUAACACAGACUCUCUUAAGGGGGGGGAAUUGGGUAGACUAUCGGUCGAUCAAUUGAUCAAUAAGUGACAAAGCCAAUCGAUCAGCCAUUCAGGUCAGUGUGACGUCCGUCAGUGUGUGACUGGUGACGGGGAAAGGUAGUGAGUGAGUGAG